UGUCAGAAUGAAUCCCCCCAUCGAGCGAUCACUGCAAUAGAAUCUGUUAAAUUCGUGAUGACCAGCCCAGAAUGCGCAACUUUGCCUUGGGGCCGGCUUGGGCUUCGGGGGCAGAGCUGUGGUUUGAUUAUUUGUUGUUUCACAAGGAAACCGGAAAAGCAAAUUCUGAUUUCUGUGAGAAGCUGAAUCAGUCCUGAAUCCCUGGUUGCAGAAAAUCAGAAUCAUAUUACAAUAUCAAUCAUCUUUGCUUUGCCCCGCCAAAAAAGGGAUCCCCGGUGAUACUUCUAAUGAAUCAAAUCAUCUUUUGAAUAUAUGGAUGGACAGUUGUCAGUUGCGCACUCUCCAUCAUCUUUCGUCUUCUCGCCGUUAUGUAAGGCUCCCAUUUCAUUUCUCCCGCCAAUGUUCACAACUUCAUAACACCAAAACUAUUCUUUCUCUGAUUCUGCAAUCCAACAUUCCAACUAGCUGUUCUAGGGUUACAGAAAGAAAGAAAUGGCAGAGACCCAGUUUCCCAGGGGAGCGCUAAUUGAAGUUUGCUGCGAUGACGAUGGCUUUAGGGGAGCGUGGUUUGAGGCAACAGUACUCCGGUCAGUGACGAGGAGACAGAACAAACCACAGCUCUACAUCGAGUAUUCUCACCUAGUGCAGGAGCAAGACCAAUCAAAGCCAUUAAAAGAAUUUGUCAAUGUCGUCAAUGCGAGACCUCGACCUCCACGAGAUAUCGAUCCGACCUUCAAACUUAGUGAGGAGGUCGACGCGUUUCACAACGACGCUUGGUGGGAAGGCAUCGUCACCCAGGUUCUUGAUAAUUCCAGAUAUUCGGUGUUCUUCAGGGGCACGAAGGAGCAGAUCGAAUUCGGGAAGAAUGAUCUCCGUCGUCAUCGUGAAUGGAUCGAUGGGAGCUGGAAUCCCCCCAAAGAAGUGCAGCUUAACUUAGAUAGUACACCAUCUAAUUCAGAGGAUAAGUACGACAAGGGAACACUGGUAGAGGUUAGCAGCAAUGAAGAAGGUUUCCAAGGCGUUUGGUUCACUGCAACCAUUGUCAAAGCAUCAGGGAAGAAUAAGUAUACGGUUGAGUACCAAACCCUAAUAACAGAUAAGGGAAAACCCUUGAGAGAAGUGGCAGAUACUGCACACAUCAGGCCACUGCCUCCUGAAACAAAGGUUGACAGUUUCGGUCGAUUUGAAGAAGUUGAUGCUCUCUACAAAGAUGGAUGGUGGGUGGGUGUGAUUUCCAAAGUUACUAGUAGAUCAAAGUACAUAGUUUACUUCAGGAACACAAACGAGGAAUUGGAGUUUAAACAUUCAGACCUGAGGGUUCAUUACGACUGGAUUGAUGGAAAAUGGGUCAGGGCUUCUAAGGCACUAGGGUUUUGAAGAUGCCAUCAUCAAACAAAAUCUGAUAAAAUUUGCUUCAUGAUGCAAUGACGUGUGCCCUUCCAUCUCGAGAUUGAUCUUUAACUGGUGUACAUUCAGGGAUUUGGUCAGUGAUGAGGUGUCAUUAAUGUCAUCUAUCUUUGUAUUGUCCUCGCAAUUUGUAUUGAUAUUGGGACUUGUCAAAAAAAAAAGUAUUGAAAUUGGUAGUUGCCUUGACUUACUGCAAAUGUCUUUACACAGUCACAAACUAGCUUUUAUACUUCUUUUGUAUCUCUGCUUUCAUUGAAGUAGUUCAUGGUUUAUAUACAUAUUAAAAUUUAAAUAGAAACUGGCUGCUAAAGCUUU